AUUGCUCACUCCUCUCUCUCUCCCUCUCUCUCUCUCUCUGAAGUCUGAACUCCGAUUGAUUCAAUCUUCUGGCGACCAUACUCGCCUCUCCUUCUUCUUUCGCGCCAGCCAUUGUCCGACUCUCAAUGGCGGCCUCGAUCGCAUUCAACAGCGUCGGAGCUCCGGCGCGACUCUCCCGCCAAUUCUCCCACCCGCGAAGCUCCUAUCCGCGUCUCGGCGGGCUCCGACUGCGCCACGCCUCUCCGGCCAUGUUUUCGAGCUCCUUGUCUUUCUCCUCUGGCUCUGGAAUUAGGGCACAGGUGGCGGACGUUGAGCAGUCUAGCGCUGCUGUGUCUCAGAAUCCGAAGGUGGAGGCUCCGGUGGUUAUCGUCACCGGAGCUUCUAGAGGAAUCGGCAAGGCGGUUGCUCUCGCCCUCGGCAAGUCUGGUUGUAAGGUGUUGGUAAACUACGCAAGAUCAUCCAAGGAAGCUGAACAAGUUUCUAAGGAGAUUGAGGCAUCUGGUGGUCAAGCUCUAACAUUUGGGGGUGAUGUUUCAAAGGAAGAAGAUGUCACAACAAUGAUUAAGACCGUGGUUGAUGCGUGGGGAACGGUUGAUGUCUUGGUAAAUAAUGCAGGAAUUACACGGGAUGGCUUAUUGAUGAGAAUGAAAAAAUCCCAAUGGCAGGAGGUUAUUGAUUUGAAUCUUACUGGUGUGUUUCUAUGCACACAGGCUGCGGCAAAAAUUAUGAUGAAACAGAGAAAGGGAAGGAUAAUCAAUAUAGCAUCUGUUGUUGGUCUUGUUGGCAAUGUUGGACAAGCCAACUACAGUGCUGCAAAGGCUGGAGUCAUUGGCUUCACGAAGAGUGUUGCAAAGGAAUAUUCGAGCAGGAACAUUAAUGUCAAUGCUGUUGCCCCUGGUUUUAUCGCAUCUGAUAUGACUUCCAAGCUUGGAGAAGACAUAGAAAAGAAGAUCUUGGGGAGCAUCCCCUUAGGGCGAUAUGGUCAGCCUGAAGAAGUGGCUGGACUGGUGGAAUUCUUGGCACUUAAUCCCGCUGCCAGCUACAUUACUGGACAGGUCUUAACCAUCGAUGGAGGGAUGGUGAUGUGAGAGGCUGGGUCCGGGUCCGGCACCCCUACGAGCUUCGUCUUACUGAAAGUUUCAGAGGCUUUUCUUUACCUUCCAAUCUUGGCGGCUACUAGUUUCAACGAGGAAUUGAAUAGAAAAGUAGAAAGGAUUUUGCUACUUAAUAUUUUUAACGAAGAUUGUUUUCGCUGAUCACUCUUUGUACGUGUAGUGUUUUCCAUCCAAAUCGCGUAAAGAGUUAGUAAAAUUUGUGGUUCAUAACAUAGUGAAGCUUCUGUUAUUUCUUCCCCUA